GGGCCGUCGUGGGCACGCACCAACGUCGCAUAACGUUCUCACCUCUUGAACCCUGUUAUCGAGAAGAAAAACCCCGAGGUCCUCUUCCCUCGUCAGCCGCAUCCGCCGCCAUCGUCGCAAUGGAGCGAAGACGGAGCGCCGUCAACGUUGGUGGCAAGGGCUCCGUUCUCUCGCCGGAAUCCGUCUUCGCCGUUGCUAAUUCCAUUGCGUCCCUCCGCGUCGACCCUUCACUUGCCCAGAAACCCUCCCAGUCCGAGCCACCCAGCGGUCCUUCCUCCUCUCGCGAAGCCCCGACUCUGAACCUGACGCCCGAGGAAACCAGAGCUACCAUCGCCGUCUUCGUCAACAAACUCAUCCUCUCAAAUUUCUCCUCCAAAUUCCGCCCUUCCCUCGCCAUUUCCCUAGCGGAUGCUAUCAAUGGCGACCGUGAAGUAGAAAUAGCUCCGGAUUUCUCGAGGGUUGUUGUGGGGGAUGGUGUCGAAUUUGGGAUUUCUGCUAAGGAGUUUGAGGCUGCGGAGGGAGCUGCUUCGGCAUCGUUUGCGGUGGCGGCGCUUAUAGAGCAUUCGGCUGCGUCGUUGUGUCCCGUGGUCGAUGCAGUCGCGGCGAUGUCGUGCGAGGUGUCUGCUGUCGACGGCAAGGUUUUUGAUUUGCCUGUCUCGAGCGAGGGGUUGGGAUCAAGGGAAGUGACGGACGUGGCGGCGGAUAUGAAGAGGAUCGUGUUUGGAUCGAAGCUGCUGGGGUCUUUGAAGGAAAUUGCGUUUUCGUCGAUACCGUAUAUGCACGGUAGCUUGAGAGGUGCAGUGAAGGCUCUUCGAUUGAAAGUGAGGGUGGAGACGAAUAGUGCAGAGAGGAAGUUUUCUGGCUACAUGUUUAGCGAGGCGGAUUUGGUGAACUCGGUUUUGCCAUUGACGAAUUUGUUGAGGAAUUUGGGCGGGAAUAGUCUUGCUAGAGCAAAAACAUGCAUUGAAACUCUUAAAGAUGAUGAGCUCAGAGUGCGAAUGAUGGAAGCCGUCUCGAGGAAGUGUCCUACUAUGGAAUGCUUAAAGGAACGGGUAAAGAGAAUUUUGGAAGUUAGUGCGGAUGAAAGUAAGGGUGCUCUUAUUCUCCAUGACAUUUAUGUUUUGCUGAAGCAAACAAGAGAGAUUGUAGCAUGGGAGGCUGCUGUUGCUGUGCUCGUUCUCAGAGUGCGUGAAAGGGCCCUCGCGAAUGCAGCUAAUGAACCCGGAGAGAAGGAAAAGAACGAGAAAAAGAAAAAGGGAAGUUCGGAGAUGGUUGUAGGCAAGGGUACCGCGGCAAUUAGGCUGGUCAUAGGUCAGGUUAUAGAAUCCAGACUUAGGUGUGAGAACGGAAAUGUAGAUGGCAAAGUGAAUGAUGCAGAUACUCAAGUUGCGGAGUGGGCAAGUGAGAUUUGUUCCCUUUUUGAUCCAAAAGAUCCCGAGCUUACAGCUUUGCUGGAUACGGUGAAGGGGAUCGUGGAAAGUAAUGAAGUGAGACGGCUACCUAAAAUCCCCAAGGGUACACGUGAUUUUGGUAAAGAGCAAAUGGCAAUAAGAGAAAAAGCUUUUUCAAUUAUUGUUGGAGUGUUUAAGAGGCAUGGAGGCGUUGCAUUGGAUACACCAGCAUUUGAAUUGAGAGAGACUCUCAUGGGAAAGUAUGGAGAGGACUCAAAACUGAUAUAUGAUCUUGCUGACCAGGGUGGUGAGAUAUGCUCAUUGCGUUAUGACCUUACCGUUCCUUUUGCCCGUUACCUAGCCAUGAAUGGCAUUAACAAUAUGAGAAGAUACCAGAUAGCAAAAGUGUAUCGCCGGGACAAUCCAUCCAAAGGAAGAUAUAGGGAGUUCUACCAAUGUGAUUUUGAUAUUGCUGGUCAGUAUCCAUUAAUGCAACCUGAUUUUGAAGUUAUCAAGAUUGUGACAGAGUUGCUGGAUGAACUAAAUAUUGGCAAUUAUGAGAUAAAAUUGAAUCAUCGAAGGCUGCUAGAUGGAAUGUUAGAGAUUUGUGGCGUGCCACCUGAAAAAUUUAGAACUGUUUGUUCCAGCAUUGACAAGUUAGAUAAACAGACAUUUGAACAAGUACAGAAGGAACUGGUUGAUGAGAAGGGCUUAAGUAGGGAGACAACGGAUAUGAUUGGUUCCCUUGUUAAGAAAAGAGGGCACCCCCAGCAAAUAUUGGCUGAGCUAAAGAAAGAGGGCAGUCCAUUCCUUGGGAACUGUAGCUCUGUCUUGGAUGAACUGGAGAUUUUAUUCACUGCUUUGGAGAAAUCCAGGUGCAUCAAUCGAGUUGUUUUUGACUUGAGUCUGGCAAGGGGUCUUGAUUAUUACACAGGAGUUAUUUAUGAAGCUGUUUUUAAAGGUUCUACACAGGUUGGUUCAAUUGCUGCUGGAGGACGUUAUGAUAAUCUUGUCGGGAUGUUUAGCGGAAAGCCAGUCCCUGCCGUAGGGGUGAGCUUGGGAAUAGAAAGGGUGUUCACAAUAAUGGAACAAAUGGAAAAGGAGCAGAAGGAAAUAAGAGCGGCACAAACUCAAAUUAUGGUGGUUGUCUCGGGAGAUAAGCUUGGCUCACUGGAUGUAGCUGCUGAGAUUGUCAGUGAGCUUUGGAGUGCCAAUUUGAAAGCAGAAUUCGUGCUCACAUCAGACAAGAAUAUCGGCAAACAGUUUGGGCUUGCAGAUAAAUCUGGCAUUCCCUGGGUGCUGAUGGUUGGCAAAAACGAGCUCCAGAAUGGUGUUGCCAAGUUAAAGGACAUGCAAGCCAUGAAAGAAGAGAUUGUGCCUAGGUCAGAGGUGGUCAAGGUACUGAGCAGCCGAUUGCUCACCUUCCAAUGUAGCAGUAGCAAUGUUGUGGUGUAGUUGGAUUUUGCCAUUUACUCAUUGUUGAUCAAAGUUGUCUUCAUUGUUUUCCCUCAUUUUGCAGUUUUGGUAGAUGAGGAGGCUCUUUUGUUGUGAUCAUUGUUUUAUGAUUGGAAACAAAUUUUGUCAAUGAAUUAGUACCAGCUAUUUCCAAAAGCAGGAUCUAGUUUGGUAGCAACAAAUAUCAUAGGUGCUAUUGGCAGUCAAUGUUAAAAGAACUAUAGAACAUGUAGUUAAGAAAGUUGACUCUCUGAAUCAUUCAUGCCUCUUGCACACCACUAGGCAAAUGGCUGGAGCAUCGUGUGCUAAAGCUACUGGGGUUUCUCCGUUUUAUGAAUACUUUAAAUAAUAAUUUAUGUGCCCCUUUGUGUUGAA